UGUUAUCUGUGUGACAUAUUAAACAGAUGAAUUUUUGUAUGAAAACAUAAAAUUACAAAGUUUCUGUGAAAGUGAUAUCAUUGUUUAUUUUAAUACAUGCAUUCCACAAACUAUAGGCACCUGUUCUUUAAUUGACUUCUCAGCAAACAUGGGUUCCAACUCUUUAAUUGGCUGAGCGACCAAAACCCUCCAUACCCCAUGAGCCAAUCAGAAUUCGCAAACGUGCCUCGCAGCCACAUUGAGACCUUUUUUGGAUGUUUUUACCAGUACCCACAAACAAAUAUAUAAAUGUGUAAAAUGUGCUAAAAUAUAACCUAAUUUUUUUCCAAAAAUUUAUUCUAGGAUGAAAAAAAUUUCUCAGCACAAUAUUUAUGCAUAUAACUUUUUAACAGGAAUGACUCUGAGCUAACAGCCAGUCUGGCAGAAGAAUCAACAUUUUUAUCAAAAUCGCCAAUGACUCAUCUCGAAACAAAUGAGGAUAUAACAAAGAAAUCAGAUCUGUAUCAGGAAACUUUGGAAUCUUUGUUGCCCUCUGCAGUUCCUAAACAACAAUCAAUUGGUACUGAUGAAAGUUCGUUUGACUCUGUUGCCAAUCUAAUUGCUGAGAAGGUUGCCAAAAUAAUUCAGAAGAAUGGGCCAAAAACAUCAUCCAGUACUGUUGAUACGAAAUUAAAUUCCUCAAAUUUAAAUGAGUUUUUGGAAAACUUCCCAGACUUUAAAGUUAUUAAAGACGAAGGCAUGGGUCACAUUCUCAAAUGUACCCCAUGCAGCAGUUUUAUUGCAAGCCCAUAUGACAAGAGACCUCCAUCGAGAAGAGGUAAUAUUUCAUCUGCUGGGUCAUUAGCAACUGGACUCACUCUCAGUUUUGACACCUAUUCAAACUUGUGUUUUGGACAUUGCCAAAAAUGGUUUGAUUUGAAGUUCAAGCUACAGAAACAUUUGUCCUCAGAGGGGCAUCUAAUGGCCUUACAGCAUGCAAAAUUAUUGAGAAAAGGAGAAAAAAGACGGUCAUUGGUAGUAAAAAACCAAUUAAGGACAGCAUUGGGAGUUGUAAAAUCAAAAUCUGCAGCUCUACAUUAUGAGACAAGGCUAGCAGAGUUAUAUGCUGCUGGAGUUGAUGUUGGCGACUAUGGGCACUCCAGAAAACUCUUUAAUGCAAUGAUAAAGGCCACAUGCAAUUACAUUGACAUGAGAACAAAAAGAUUCCUAAAGAUGCCUCUUCCAAACACAGGUAUGACUCCACAUUUCUAUGUGACAGCAGACAAAUCAACUAAUCAUAGAAUUGUCAACCAAGUCACUAUGGUGUGUCUAGUAGUAGAUGGAGCUCGCCAAGGAAUACCUUUGAGCAUGUCUCCAGUUUAUUUUAACUCAGAGGGAGACACUGGUCGUGGAAGCGAUUUAGCUAAAGCUGUCAUUGAUGAUUUAAAGAAGAAUGCUGGUAUAGAAGAAGAUCAAUGGAUGCAGGUUCAAGGAAGAGUCACUGAUGGACAGUAUAUCAAUACUCCAUUUGUUGCUGCAAUGAAUGAACCAAUCAUGAAAGCUAUACAGACGUACGAAGAUGAAAAUUCUGUCAACUUGUCCCACAUUAAAGAUGAAUUCUGGUGGCCAGUUCAGUGGGACCCAGCACACUGGCUAGACAAAGUUUUCAGUGCUCACAGGAAUACUGACUUUGUUGAGCGCUUACUUAAGCGAACAGCACAGUAUCAUCAAAUGUUUAAGCAUGGGAAGUUGCACACUGUUGCAAAAGAAACUGCUAGAGAGCUGUCACUUCCAUUUCGUGUAACAAAUUCUUAUGCUAACCAAAGAUUCAUGAGCUCUAGCUAUCUUUCCUUGAAGAACUUGGCCAUUUCUUUAGAAGCUUAUAUAGAGAGCUACAAAGAUCAUGAUAAUCGAGAAGAUCUUGGUUAUAAGCUAUGUGGCCAAGACUUUUGCUUUGAUCUUCUUGGGCUUCUUGAUCUGCUAUGGCCUUUGGUAACACUAAUGUUAGAGGGUCAAGCUCAGUGGUGUCCUGGAUGGAAGUUUGCUGGGUACAUCCCAAAAGCCAGAGAUGAAAUUAUUAAGAUCAUGAUUGAAAUUGGAAAAGAAUCCCCUGCAAAAGAAAUUUGCAAAUGGCUUGGUGACAGAGGGGAGGAAAUUAGAAACAUGAAAUAUGGUCACAGCAGUCUUAAAGUUGGAUGGCUUGUUGUGGAAGAAAAAAAAGGAAUGCCUGUAAGCUGGGAAGCACGAGAGAUUUCUGAUUGCAUUAAAGAUCUUCAAGACUUUGGAGAUAAGAUGUUAAAAAGUCUUGAUGAAAGGUUUCAGAAAAGCUUCCCAAAGCUAAAUCAAAUUCUUCAUGAGUGUUUUGACUUUGGCGUUCUAAUGCAGGGAUUGACAGGAAGAAGGUCAAAUUCAAAACAGCAUCCAAUAAACAAAAGCAAAUUUGCUUCUCUUGGUAUGGAUGCUUUCAAGAGAUGUGUGCAAUUUGUAGCUGACUUGCCUCAUGUUAAAGACAAAAAUUCUGAGCUAGAUGAGCAGUUUUCCUUUACCAUAUUUUGGCAGCUGAAGUCAACCCUUAUAGAAGUAAUUUGGGGACGCCUUUUUUACUCUCAUUUCCCCAAGUUUUUUCAGAAGGUAGAAACAUUAGAUGGGAAAGUAGAAACUGCAUCUUUAAAGAAUGAUUUACUGGAUGAAAGUGUUUUCCUCUUGCAAUUUCAGCAGGUCAAGCCAGAUUAUUUUACACUAGCUGAUGUCUUCGAAAUAGUGCUGAGCAAUGGUGACCAUUUCACAGUAAGCCUUGUUGAAAAUGAGAUUAUCAAGUCGUUGUACACUGAUGUUGAGUUCUAUUCUUUAGUUGGACAACCUUUCUGCUUGAUUUUUGACAUAAUGUAUUCAAAAACUGGAACUGAAUCCGUUGUUGAAUCAUUUUACCGAGUAGUUGAACAGCAAGAAAUGGAUGGUGGUCAAAGUAUAGCGAUGCUUGGCGCACGAGCAAAGGUUGAUUGGUGCUUGCCUCCUGCCAUUCAAUGUGAAGAUGCACUCAAGAACAUUGCAAAAUUGUAUAUUGGAGGUGAUACAGAAGCUGGACUGCCUCGGCAUUAUGUGCCAGUGUAUUCUGACUCUAGCCAGCAAAAAAAGAAUUUGACGGGACUUUCAAAGGUUCUUGAAAGAGUAAAGAGUCAACAUGUUAAAUUGCCAUUUCUUUUUUAAGUUCAGUGUGUAAAUUAUCUAUGAUUGUAAGCUAACUAUAUUGCAUUUUUGGUGCUUUCAAUUUGACAAAUAGCCCUGACAACAAUAAGACAUUUCAAGGGACACCCUGUAGAGUGAAUCAUUUCUGCAUAAACAUUCAGUUAUAGCAUUUCCAUAAAGCAUCCAAGACCCUCAACAAGAAAAGAACAAACGUUUGCUUGUGAAACCCCUUUUAAGCAACUUAGCUCUUGGCACCUUAAAGAUCAUCGAACUACACAGUGUUGGAAAAAACUUUUGCUACCUCCUCCCUUGAAAAGUCACAAUAUAUUGUACUUUAGUGAAAUACUUAUCAAAUGUUUUGUUAAAUUAUUCAAUUAUAUGCAGAUAACUAAUUUUUAGAGUUACUAAUCAUAAAUUGUUGAUUGUUGGGAUUUGCUCUAUAUACUAAGAUUCCACAUAGAUAGUAUUCAUUCUAGGUAGCGAUAUUCAUUCCACUUAUAAUAUUCACUCUAGGGCUUAGGCCCCCCCCUCCCCCAAAACAAAUUUCAAUCACGGUUGUCUGAACUUUUUGACUGGUCUUCUGGACCUUGCAAAAAUAAAAAAUUAUGUUCAUAUGUAAUGUCAAUAUCAACCCCUUUUAAAAAAUGUUAGUUCUCUGACUUUUCUUAAAACAGCUUUUGUAGCAGAUUUUUCCCUCCCUUUUCCUUUGUUUUCGUUUCUUCUUUAUUUUGUUUCUUUAUAAAAAUCGGCUCGUGUGGCAUACUGUUUUUUACCAAGUUUAAGAUUAGACUUUAAUUUGAGUGUUCUUGUGUUGAAGUUUGUAAGAAAAAAGAUUAAUGAAAAUCUUCAAUUGUUUGAAUUUUGGUUCUACCUCAAUCCAAAAAUACCGUUGAAGCCAAGGGGUGGUCCAAACAGUUACGUUCAUGCUCAAGUUUUUUGGCUUAUUCCGUUGUUUCACAAUAUUCUUGGUGAAAAGUGUGGUUUUCUCUACAUGCCUUUCAUAAAAUCAGACUAUUAUUUUCAUUUUCCUUAACUGUGUUUUCUCUACAUGCCUUUCAUAAUUGGGGCUCUAGCACGAGUUGGAAAGUAGGAGGGUCAUGGGGCAAAUCAAAGACCCAUAACAAAAUAUUUUGACAAACAUAGUGGGCUAUCAUUGAUAAAUAUCAAUUUAUUACAGCCGCGCAAAAAUUUGUGAAAUCCUGACGAGGGCGCGCAGUUCAGGAAAUUUGUUGUCAACUUGUCCGCGCACAUGGCAAACUUUCCAG